AUGAUCUCUAGCUUAAAACUUGCCCUCGUUGGCCUGCUUAGCGCUGCUGCGGUCCAAGCAAUUCCCGACACCGUUCCCGAACUCGAUGUGAUUGCUACGUCCACUCUCGAGGAGCGCGCUUCCACUUGCACCUUCUCCGGUGCCAAGGGUGCAGCUUCCGCGAUCAAGUGGAAGACCUCCUGCUCAACCAUUGUCUUGUCUUCUGUGGCUGUUCCCGCUGGCACCACUCUUGAUCUGACCGGGUUGAAGAAGGGAACCACAGUCAUCUUCGAAGGAGAGACCACCUUCGGCUACAAGGAAUGGUCCGGCCCCCUGGUUUCCGUCUCUGGAACUGACAUCACUGUCAAGGGAGCCUCUGGUUCCGUCCUCAAUGGAGAUGGUGCUCGCUGGUGGGAUGGAACGGGAACAAACGGCGGCAAGACCAAGCCCAAGUUCUUCUAUGCCCACAAGAUGAUCAACUCCAAGAUCGAGAACAUCACAAUCAAGAACUCCCCUGUUCAGGUCUUCAGCAUCAAUGGAGCCAACGGUCUUACUCUGGACGGAAUUACUGUUGAUAAUGCUGAUGGCGACAGCAAGGGAGGCCACAAUACCGAUGCUUUCGAUGUCGGCUCCAGUACUGGUGUCUACAUCACCAACCCUGUUGUCCACAACCAGGAUGACUGCUUGGCAGUUAACUCGGGCACAGAUAUCUCCUUCACCGGAGCCCAGUGCACUGGAGGUCACGGUAUCUCGAUCGGCUCUGUCGGUGGACGGUCUGAUAACGCUGUUGAGAAGGUCAAUAUUGAGAACUGCAGCAUCAAGAACUCACAGAAUGGUGUCCGUGUGAAGACUGUCUACGGCACGACUGGCUCGGUCAAGGGCGUCACCUACAAGGAUAUCACUCUCUCUGGCAUCUCCAAUUACGGUAUCGUGAUUGAGCAGGACUACAAGAAUGGCAGCCCUACUGGCACUCCCACUAACGGUGUUCCCAUCACCGGUCUGACCCUGAGCAACGUCAAGGGAACAGUUGACAGCAGCGCGACCAACGUCUACAUCCUGUGUGCCUCGGGAGCUUGUUCCGGCUGGACCUGGAACAGCGUUAGUGUCACUGGUGGAAAGACCAGCUCCAAGUGCAAGAAUAUUCCCGGCAAUGCCAAGUGCUAA